AUGGACCAGAAAAAGGACAGAAAAAAAAGGAAAGAGGAAGGAAACCGAAGAAGAAGGGGGAAAGAGUGUGCUGCAGCUGAGUGCAGCAGCUUUGAAUAUAAUAGUGAUGGGAGUAGAUCGGGGUUGCACUUUUUUAAAUUCCCGACUAAGAAUCCAGCCAAAGCACGUUGGUGUAACUUAAUAAAACGCCAAGAUCGACGAGACGGUUUCCGCGUAUGCGAGAAUACAGUAAUAUGCGAGAAGCAUUUUCGGAAACACGACAUAAUAAAAGGUGUUGGGGGAGUGAGGUGCAGACUGAGAAAAGGUAUGAUACGUGUUUUGGAGUUUAUGUAUUGAAGAUUUCAUGGCACUAAAUAAGAUUAAAUCACUAUUGAAUUGGCAUGUAAUUUUUAUGCAGAUCUCCUAAACUGGGACUGUAGAAUUGUAUAAACGAUGAUAUUCCUUUGUCGUCUGACGUGAAAGAAAUAAAACAGUUCAUUGUUACUUUAUUUUGGUGUUUGUGUUUUUGUUUGUUUUUUCUAGACCCAGUAGUAAAUAUAAGCUACAUAUACAUGGUGUUUAUUCUGAAAACCUUUUCUUACUGUGUCUGCUUCUGGAAUUAAUUGUAAGUUUUAUUUUAUUGGAUUUUGUUUUGUUUAUAUUUCAUUCAAUGAGCUUUCUUUACAAAACAUAAAAUUUCAUUUUUUGUGUUUGUCUCAUGGCAAGCAUGAAGAAGACCAGGUACAUUGGUUUUUUGUUUCAACUAAAGAAACAUGAAAAGAAAAAAAAAUAUACAGUUCUGUGGAGGACUGCAGAUCUCUCUCUCUCACACACACACAUGUCGGAGAGACUUCGCCUUCAAAUAAAGGUUUAUCAGAAUCUUCUAUUGCAUCAAUGCAUAAAAUUCACAUUCCAAAUUUAGGAGUGGAACCAUCAAUAUUUCACUGGUUGUCAGUUUCACCUCUGCCAGCACGGAAACCACCAAAGGAUCGAUCAACAUAUAAAUGUACCAGUUCAACAACAGAGGAGAGAGCAGAGAAAGAUGUAAACUUCAAACCAAGUUCGUGCCCCUCAGGUGCAGAAGAGAAAGCAGAGAUGUCAUGUAUGGAUAAAGAUGCAGACUUUGGAACCAUAUGUCCUUUGGGAGAAGUUGAGGUAUAAAUAGAAUUUGCUCACUGUGAAUCUGUAUCACAUCCCGAAGUCUUGGGUGACAUUCUCUUUGAAGUCCCAUGAGGUUUGACAUUUAUGUUUGAGUGGCAGGGGUCCUUCCUUCUUUGAGAUAUAUUCCUCUUGUUGCCACAUGAAGUUUGUGCCUUUUUUGUUCCUUAAUAUAUGUCCUUUUUUAUACAUUUAGUUUACCUGUUCAAACAGUAGCACUGAAGAAGGCGAAAUAGGGAGUGAGGUGGUGUUUACAAAACACACUGAAGAUAAGUCCACACAGACAUGUUUUUCAUUUACCUCUGGAGUUGGUGACCAUACUUAUGCCUUUAGCUUUGGAGAUAUCACUGACAUAAACAAAUUGACGCAGUCUAUACAUGAGCAGCUUGAAGUAAAGGAGGAAAUUUUAGUUAAUCUUCAGAAAAAAGUUGGGCAGCUGCAAAAAGAAAUUGAUGAGUACAAACAAAGGCAAUUUACUCUUGAAAAAUUCAAAGAUGACAAUUCUGCUAUUCAAUUCUACACAGGGUUUCCCAAUUACAAGGCCUUAGUAGCUUUCCCUAAUUACCUUCAACCAAAAGUGGCCAAGCUGCAAUACUGGGGUCCAAAAAAUGUUCCAGACUCUAGACCAUACCAGGGGGAAGGGAAAAAGAAGCCAGGCCCCAAGAGACAAUUAAGUUCUUUAACUGAACUGUUUAUUGUCCUUGUCAGGUUAAAAGUAGGUCUUUUUGUUAGAGAUAUAGCUGACAGAUUUGGAAUUUCUGUAGCAAGCUUUAGUAAGAUAUUUUGUACAUGGAUUAAUUUCUUGUAUCUUGAGUUGCACCAAUUAUUUCCUUCCCCUUCCCAGGAAGCUUUGCGGAGAAACAUGCCACGGCAAUUUGCCCUGUACCCUACUACUCAUGCUAUUAUUGACUGCUCAGAGGUUUUUGUGGAGGUGCCAUUCUCAAUGUUGGCCCAGUCACAGACCUGGUCCAACUACAAACAUCAUAAUACAUUCAAAGUAUUAGUUGGAAUUUCCCCAAAUGGUCAAGUAAUUUUUGUUUCAAAGUUGUGGGGUGGUAGGGUUUCAGAUAGGUUCAUAACAGAGAAGUCUGGGUUUCUACAAUAUCUUAAGCCUGGGGAUAAUGUCAUGGCUGAUCGUGGUUUUGAAAUCACGAGUAUUUUACCACCAGGUGUUGGCCUUAAUAGACCUCCAUUCAAAGGUUCCAGGGCUCAGCUAACAGCUGAAGAAGUAACUGAGACCAUUCAUAUUGCCUCUGUCCGAAUUCAUGUUGAGCGGGCAAUAGGGAGAAUCAAGAACUACCACAUACUUGAUGGCACACUACCUUUGACCCUGGCCCAUAUUGCAGACCAAAUAUUUUCGGUCUGUGCUUACCUGACCAAUUUUCUGCCUCCUCUUCUCCCCCCUGCAUAA